GCCCCGCGCCCGUCCCUGUGCCCGCCGCGGCUGUGCCCGCCACUGCUGCCGCUGCCCCCGUCGUCGUGCCCCCGAGCCUGUGCCGCCUGUGAAGGAUGUCGGAGCGCACGGCAGUGCCGCCAGCGCCGGACGCCAGUGAGAGCCCCAGCCAGAGAGAGCUGAUCCGCAGCCACAUGAAGAUGGUCAUCGACCAGCUGGAGGGCAUCCUCAAGGAGCUCAAAGACGUGGCCCACGAGCUCAGAGAGGUGGUGGGUCAGAUCGACAAGCUGACGUCGGACUUUGACUUUGACCUGGAGCCGGACGACUGGACGGUGGCGACCGCGAGCAGCACGUCCAGCAGCGAGCGCGGCCUGGGAGAGGCCUUCCGCCUGGACUUCCUCAGCCACGACCUGCUCUCCGACAGCUGGGAGUUCUGCAACUACCUGGAGGCCUCGGCCUCUGCGUCUGCCUCUGCCUCUGCCUCUGCGUCCGCCUCCACCUCCACCUCCACCGCGCCCGGGGCCGGACCGGGAUCAGGAUCAGGAUCGGGUCCUGGGUCGGGGUCGGGGUCGAGACUCGCAGCGGGUGAUGGCGGAGGAGGACGAGGAGGUGGAGGAGGAGGAGGUGCGGUCACAAGGACAAAGUCGGUAGGCGUGAGAGCCUCCACGACGGCCGUUCAGACCGGAGACGAGAACUCGGACUCGGGGUCGGGGUCAGGACUGGGACCGGGCCGGACAGGGGGGUUGGUGUCCCCGUCCUCCCUGUCCCCUCCUCCGCCUCCCUCCACCACCACCACCGGCACCUCCACCGGCCCCACCUCGGCCUACUCGCAGAUGAACGGGGGCGUCCCGCUCAUCCCCAACGGCCCGCUGACCGUCACGCCGGACUCGUCCAGCGAGGAGGCGUCCAGCUCCACGCACAGCCAGAAGACGUCGCGCACCUCGGGCACAAGAGAGCGCGUGCGCUUCAGCGACAAGAUCCUGUACCACGCGCUGUGCUGCGACGACGACGAGGACGAGGAGGAGGAGGAGGAGGAAGAGGAGGAGGCGUACGGGGACGGAGAGGAGGACGAGGAGGACGAGGAGGACGAGGAGGACGAGAAGCGGGACUGCUGCACGCCGGACACCGACAGCGAGCUCAGCCCGCUCGCCUGCUCGCCCGUCCCGCCGCUCUCCUCGCUCAUCUCCUCCGCCGCCACGGAACAUUCCAGACUCCACAACUGUCUGACGGACCCGGCCUCGCUGGCGCCCUCCACGGCCCCGUCGCUCGUGGGCCGGCUGCCGCUGGGGUCUCACGCGCUGAACCGCAAGGGCCUGCUGCAGCCCUCGUGUCGGAAGAAGCUGCUGCGCAACAGCAGCACGCAGACUGUGUCCGACAAGAGCACUCAGACUGUCCUGCCCUACGUCCCUGCCAAACAGAAAACAAAGGACCACUGAGCGGACUCCGUACUUUGAAAAACGUAAAAGAGUACAAAGAAAAGAAACUAAAAAAAAUAUAUACUCUAUACGGAGAAAAAAGAACUGUAUACAUAUUUAAUACUAUUACAUAGAGCAUAGAUUAAUACACAAAAAUAAUUAAUUAAUUACUAAAAUAAAUAAAUGAUAUAUGGGAAUUAAAAAAAACACACUCGACUACCUAAAGUCAUUCUAAGGCUCAGGGAUCUACGGGUUGAGAUUAGCCAAGU